CCGUCCCGGCGAAGGCGCGAACGUAGUGGUUCUUAAAGGGCUGCGACCCAAAAGGAGAGGGAGUGUGACGGGGGCGCGCGCCUCCCAACUUUCUUCCCACCUCCUGGCUCUCACCGCGGCGGUUUGAGGUCCAAGCCUGUAAUUCUUACGUCCAGAGAUUUGGCCUGGCAGGAGACAAUGCCAUAGCCAAUGUUCAUGCUCCAGAUGCAGACCUGGAGGCACAGAGUGAUGUAGAGAGGACAAUGGAUCUGAAACCAUGUAUCUGGGUUCCAGACAUGCUGUGUGACGCCGAGCAAGCCGCUCCUGCAGAUAGAUUAAGCAUGCACACCCAGCACUUUGGGAGGCCGAAGCGAGAGGAUCACGAGGUCAGGAGACUGAGACCAUCCUGGCGAACAUGGUGAAAUCCCGUCUCUACUAAAAAAAUACAAAAAAUUAGCCGGGCGUGGUGGCGGGCGCCUGUAGUCCCAGGAGGCGGAGCUUGCAGUGAGCCAAGAUGCGCCACUGCACUCCAGCCUGGGCGACAGAGCGAGACUCCAUCUCAAAAAAAAAAGCAUGCACAGCCUAAGACUGGAGGUGCUGACGCCAGGCAGGUCAACAGUAGACCCAGCCCCGACCCAUAAGUUUCGCUCUCCAGACUGCGCAAGCGCAAAGGAUACGUAAACGCCCCCGGCGUUCUGGGGGCUGGGAUCGAGGAAAGCGCUGAGUAUAGCUCAUGCGCGUCCAGUCACAAAUGACGUCCCUUCCGACCCCCGCCCUGUAGGCGGGAGCAUCCAAUCAACUUCGAGAGCGUAGGCCCCCACCUAUCGUGGGUCGAGUCGCUUGGCGGUCGUGGUUCCGGAGGUUCCUCGGGAUGUCGGUGGCCUUCGUACCGGACUGGCUGAGGGGCAAGGCGGAAGUCAAUCAAGAGACUAUCCAGCGGCUCCUUGAGGAGAAUGACCAGCUGAUCCGCUGUAUUGUGGAGUAUCAGAACAAGGGCCGCGGGAACGAGUGCGUCCAGUACCAGCAUGUGUUACAUAGAAAUCUCAUUUAUUUGGCUACCAUUGCAGAUGCCAGUCCAACCAGCACUUCAAAAGCAAUGGAAUAAUCUUUCAAAAGCAAUAGAAUAAUUUUCCAUUUGGCUGUCGUGAGGAGUGAUUGAAUGUAAUCCAUCUCUUACAAAACGGAGACAGGGUCUUUACCAACUCAGCUGGUUAAAACAUGAAUGAAACCUCUGUGGCUCUUUCAAAACAUGUGAAAAUGUGAAGAAAGCUACUAACUUAGCUGUAUUCUCAAUGUAAAUAUUUUUUAAAUAAUUAAGCAAAUCCCUCAAUAAGUUGAGCCCAGGUGUCCUCUUUCCUGAACUUGGAGCAUGUUUGGAUAACAAAGACAUCACUGGGAUGUUCAAGUCUACUUUUUAGUUUGAACCUGAAGAGGAAACUGAGUAGGUGUUGGGCAGGAAUUGGUGAGACUCCUGACUUGAGACCUUGCUAAAUGGACAUGUGUGCUCCUUCCUACCAGUUUGUAAAUGUGGUCCCCCUGACUGCUGUUUUCAGAUUGCUUUGAAAUAAAGCUUAUUUUUCUAUAAAA